AUGUAUCCCGACAUUCAGCCCUACGAGACAGGGAGACUCAAGGUGUCCGACAUUCAUGACUUGCACUACGAACUCAGCGGGAACAAAGACGGCGUCCCAGUCAUCUUCCUCCAUGGCGGGCCAGGAGGGGGAUGUGAUGAGAAGGAUCGGUCGUUCUUCAACGCUGAGAAAUACAAGAUCAUCCUCCUCGACCAACGAGGUUCAGGGAAGUCGACGCCGAGUGCCCAUCUCGAGGACAACACGACAUGGGACCUUGUCAAAGAUAUAGAGAAACUGAGGGAGCGUCUGGGAAUUUCUAUCUGGCAUGUCUUUGGAGGCUCAUGGGGAUCAACGCUUUCUUUAGCUUACGCUCAGUCCCACCCCGACAGAGUCAAGAGUCUCGUUCUACGCGGUAUUUUUACGCUGAGAAAGAGCGAGCUCAAAUUCUUCUAUCAGGAAGGCGCGUCGCACUUGUUCCCGGAGGCCUGGGAUGACUACAUCGCACCCAUCCCGGAAGCUGAGAGGCACGACAUGAUACUUGCCUACCACGCGCAGCUCAACUCUGUCGAUGACACAACAAGAAUCAAAGCUGCUCGGGCCUGGUCCAAGUGGGAAAUGGCCACGUCUAAAUUAUACGUCGAUCCCUCCUAUAUAGCUCGCGCUGAAAGCGAUGACUUCGCCAAUGCGUUCGCUAGAAUCGAGAACCAUUACUUUGUCAACGAUGGCUUUAUGCGAGAUGGGCAAUUGCUGGAGAAACAAGAAAUCGAUAAGAUCCGACACAUACCGACUAUUGUCGUCCAAGGAAGAUAUGAUGUCGUUUGUCCGGCGACAACGGCUUAUGCUUUGAAGAAGGUUUGGCCGGAGAUAGAUCUUCACAUUGUACCGGACGCAGGACAUUCAUCUCGAGAGCCUGGUAUUGCAAAACUACUUGUUGAGGCUACAGACAAGUUCGCAGAUUUAUGA